GGUCCUCGCACAUCCUGUUACUUUCCCUGAAAGCUAGCAGAGGAGAGUAACCCAGCAACAACUCAUGAUUAUACUGGGAUAAAGUAAAAUUAAUUACACAAUUUUUUUUUUCACUAUUACUUUAAAUAAAUGACGUCGUUAUGAAGGCCAGGAAUGGAGGCGAAGGGAUACGAAACACUAAAUGGGGAGUGGCAGGGCCCCCUGUCUCCUUAUUGAAGCGUGCUGGUUGGGCACCUCAGCCUUGGCCCCUACGCCCACACCAAGUGGAGCGGGUACACAGGCCCCACAUCCCCCUUCCUCACCCACCGCUCUUCCACACAAGGCAUGCGGAGGAAAGCGCUGAGCGGCCUCAUCUGGUCACUAUUGUCCGCCCGUGUAGUCAAAAUGGACUGCGGAAGGUGACGGUGCUGCUGAACCGCAGGGCUGUGGUGUCGUUUGAGCAGCUGCUCCUGGAUCUCUCAGAAGCGUUGGGGUUUCCUCGGUGGCACAGAGGAAGAGUCACUCGUCUGUACACGACACAUGCUCGAGAGGUAAAGGGUGUGUGUGAUUUCUUCGGCGGCGAAGUGGCCUUCUUGGCUCUCGGAAAGGCCCGCCCCUUGCUGAUCAGUGUGCAGGAUGCUCUGGAGGAACUUUUUCCAGAACAUUCCCAUUACCGCGCCGAUGCCCUGCAGGUCUGGGAGAAGAAACUCCGGCCAGCGCCAGAUAAAGCUGCUAAAGCUGACAGUGGCUACAGCGAGGAGACGGAAAACACCGGGAAAAUACAAGAGACGCAACGAGACGCACGUACGCAUGUCAAGAAUCACACCGAUGCUCCCACGUCUCAACAUGCAGACAAAAACCAGCAAGGACAGUGUAUUCCUGACUCCCAGAAGUCAAAUAAGAAGAAUUCUUGCAAAAAACCUGCUCACCUUCCAAACAACCUCCAGAAGUUGCGAGUUAGAGGGGAAGUCAAAGAGAGACAUCCUUCUCCUAUCGGUCCAUUCAAGCAUAAUGAGGUUCUCAGAGACACAGAUAUCCCUUCUCCUAUUCUGUGUGAAAACUGCUUGGCAACAAGGUCAAGACCUCUGGCUCCAGGACUGAUCAGUACUCUAUCAGGAAGGGUCCCACUCCCUCCCGUGUCAAAGAAGCAGAAAGGAAGCCGUCACACAGGUCAAGAGGUGAAACGGUCAGAUGUUUCUAACAGCCCCUCGUCUCCUCAAGUCAGCAGAGACAAGGAGAAGAGCUCUGCACCAUCACAGCUUCUACGUCCAGCUCCACAUGUGGCUUCAGCUCAGACAGAGCCACAACUCACAGACAGCUGCGUCCUCCCCUCCGAGGGCACAGACCUCACGCUGGCUGACAUCGAGCGCUGCUAUGAAAUCGGCCGUUUGAUCGGAGACGGGAACUUUGCCGUGGUGCGGGAGUGCCGUCGGCGCGACAACGGCCAACCCGUCGCCGUGAAGAUCGUGGAGCGCUCCAAGCUGGUUGGUCGAGAACACAUGAUGCAGAACGAGCUGAGCCUCCUCGGUAGUCUGAGUCACCCCCGUAUCGUGCGGCUGCUGGCCCACCACCACACCCGUACCCACUCCUACCUGGUGAUGGAGCUGGUGAGCGGAGGGGAUCUGUUCGAGGCCAUCAACGACAAGGGGAAGUUUCUAGAGCCUGAGGCUGGACGGAUGGUUUUGGAUGUGAGCGAAGCACUGAACUACAUCCACUGCAGGAGCAUCGUCCACAGAGACCUAAAACCUGAGAAUUUACUGAUAGAGAAAGUAUCCGCUGGCAUCGGUCGGCUGAAGUUGGGGGACUUCGGCCUGGCUAUGGUGGUAACAGAACCGGUUUUCACCAUAUGUGGCACACCAACAUACGUAGCCCCAGAGAUCCUCUGUGAAACAGGGUACGGUGUGCCAGUGGAUGUUUGGGCUCUGGGGGUGAUUCUUUACAUCCUGCUGUGUGGCUUCGCCCCGUUCCGCAGCCGGGACCGGGAUCAGGAGGAGCUCUUCAAACUGAUAAAACACGCAGAACUUCAUUUCCCUUCGCCCUACUGGGACUCCAUCUCAGAAGAAGCUAAAGGUCUUGUCAGAUCUCUGCUUAAACCAGACCCCACAGUGAGGCUGACAGCAGAGCAGAUCCUCCAGCACUGUUGGGUGAAGGCUCUGGCUUCAGCCUGCAGCCAGAGGGCGCUCUCUGACAAAACUAAGAGGGACUCAGCAGAUGGUAAACCAGAACUGCACAGAGCAGCUCCAACAAAAGCAGCAGAAUCACUGGCGAAUCAAAUAGCCGGGCACUAUGGCACCAAGAAGGAAAUAUCUCCCAGGAGACAUGAUGAAUUCACAACAAGAGGACAAGACCAGAACAAAACUCCACUGGUCCAAUUAGAAGACAUGAGCACUAUCGACACUUCCCAGAAGAAGAAGCAAACACCUCUAUAUGAAACAGCUUGUGAAGAAAAACCAGAAACGUUCUCUGCAGAGCAGCACAGCGAGGAAGACAUUCAGGAUUUGGGUCAAAAGCUCUCAAAUGUGGACCUUUUUAAUCAAAGUGACUCCUCCAUAACUCAAACUGAGUCUUCAUCCCAGAAUAAACUGCAGUCCAAGCAGAACGGGGAACAGCAGUGACCGGUGGAUCCGACAGCUCUAACCAAAUACCAGCAAUAGCAAAUUGCUGAGAACAGCAUAAUUCAUCCAAGACCAGCAGCUGAUUCUUCAGCUCUGUCCUUCGGCUCUAAAGCUCUCACACCUCUACCCUGCAGCCGCCCUCCACAAAUAGACUGAAAACCAUACCAAGGCAAAUGGUCACAACACAUUCAAGCCCCGACAUGUCUGGGAUUUUUCUCUGUUUGAUUGUGUAAUUAGAUCAGGGUCAUCAUUUUUCAUGUUGCAAACAAUAGCCCUGAUUAUUUUAUUUUUUUUUGGUAAUUGAAGCGUUGGGUGACAGGCAGAUGAUGGGUUUUUACUUUCGUAGAAAAAUAGAGUCUGAUUGAUGAGAUUUGAUGCAUCUGAUAUACGUGCAUACGCCAUUUGUCCUGCAUUUUGGAGCUAAUCAUGGGAUUUUGUGUUAUGACUAACCCUCUGCCCAAACCCUGUGAAUGAAGCUUGUAAACAGGAAGCGUUUUAUAAGUUGCUUGAUUACCUUUUUAGUACAGUUCUUAUGUAUUUUUGUUUAUGUUUCUCUGCAAAUCAUUUGUAUCUUUUGUAAAUGAGAUCUCUACGGCUGGCAGCUAUUUUUAAUUACAUAAAAGUAUGAGUCUGUACAUAUAUAGUUGGAUAAUUUGUCUGUUUAUGAUUAUAUGAAUUCCCAAUUUAAAAUGAGUAAAUUUCACUCUAUCGUCAUUUACAGUUGGUGUAUAGCAUAUUUUUUGAUAGUAAACUACUGCUGGUAUGACUUUACCGUGAUGACAUUCGUAAUGUCUAAAUGAAUGUGUAGUAAGGGAUUGUAAACAAUGUGGAGGGUUGGAACACACUGAGGGCAGUGUGUGACCACAUUCAGCUACUGGAUAAACUUUCUGUGCAUACCUAUGGGGGGUACUGGUCCCUUGCCAUUCCACACACACCAAAUAAAGCCUAUCUCUCUGUCCAAUGAGGGCUGGUUAAUCCUGUCCCUCCCGAUUGCAGACAGCUGACACUCAGACAUCCUGCCUCACCCAACCCACCACAACCCCGCCAGUCCACAUCCACAACCUUUGUGGCUUCUAAGCUGUAUAUCUGGGGGCGCUGAUGGAAGGAUAGCGCUUAUAAAUGCCUAUGGUCAAGUGUCAGUGCUGUGGGCCAUGGAUAAUUAAAGCCUCUCUCAAAGAUCCUGCUGCUCUGGCUAAAUUAUUCAUGCUUACUCAAAACACACAUUCCCAGAAUUCAUUCAAAUUAGCUGAAUUUUAUAGAUUGCAGCAAAAGACCUUUAAUGGUGCAGUCCAGACACCAAAACACAAAUGAUGUGGUUUGGUUGUCACGUGUCAGUAGCUUAUUGUUUACAGAAACAAUCCUUCACUAACAUCAUUAACAAUAUAAUAAAAUUAGGAGAAAUGCUUUCAACCUUUUCACAAGGUGGAAAUGUGUAAGACAAAUGCAAGUGAUGAAUGUGUUCGUUGGAGAAAAGGCUGUGCUUGUGACUAAAACGUUUUUCCCCAUCUAAUGAGAAAUAUAAUGAGAUCAUCUUUUGCUUUCUGAAAACAGUAUUUUGUUGAAAUAAUUGAGCAUAUUAGGAAUUAGUCUGCUGAAAAUUGUUUCAUUGAAUUGUUUUACUUAUAUAUGUGAGAUGUAGCCUAGAAUGCAUAUAAACAAUAACUAACUUUGAAGCAAAAUAAUACAGAUUGUAAAUCGAAUGUGUCGAAAUGAAAGGCUGUUGUGUAUAUUAUUUUCUAGCAAGCUGCGUAUUUUUAUGAUGUUUAAUAGCAUAAAUAAGACCUAGACAUGUUGUUUUAAAAUCCUUAUUUAUUUGAAGCAAACUACAUAUUAAAGACUUCACGACAUGACAUAAUAAAGUAGCAAUGACAUCAAAGUUUGACAGAAGCUUCAGAGCAAGAGUGAAAUAUCAAAUUCCAUUACUGUGAGGUAUUUUAUCCACUGGCGGACAAGCCUAGGUUUGUAGCAUAUCAGGUUUUGAUCACCUUUUGACUGCAGACCAGAUGAUGCUCAAUGCCCCAAGUCGUCUAGCACAACAAAAUAGCACUCUGCCAGCCAAUUCACAGCCGUAAGUAAAAUACCUUUUCUUAUAAAUACCAAAAUAAUUUUAAAACUAACAGAACUGCUUUGAAAAUGUUAUGUCAGA